GUAAUGGGAGCGACUGGCGCGGGAAAAUCGACAUUCGUCAACCUGAUAAGCGGCUCGCAGCUGCAGGUUGGAGAAGGAUUGCGCUCCUGUACGCCUGAGGUGCAGACCUCGAAGCCGUUCGAGCUGUUCGGGCGCCAGGUGACCUUGAUAGACACCCCCGGAUUCGACGAUACCCUCAAGACAGACACAGAAAUCUUGAAACACAUUGCUUCAUUCCUCGCGAAUGCGUACCGUGAAAACAAGAAGCUGAGCGGAGUUAUCUACAUGCACCGCAUCUCCGACUUCAAGGUAGGCGGUAUCUCACGCCGCAACUUCGGCAUGUUCAGGUCUCUUUGUGGCGAGACGACACUCAAGAACGUUAUCAUCGUCACGAACAUGUGGUCCGAGGUGGGCGAGCAGAAAGGCGCAGCGCGCGAACGCGAGCUCGCGGCGGACAACGCCCUGUUCAAGCCCGUUAUCGACAAAGGCGCGCGGAUGAUGCGCCAUUACAACACGGCCGAAUCUGCACAAGCCAUUCUCCGCGUUUUGGUCGAGAAUCAGCCGCUGGCAUUGCAGAUUCAACGCGAGAUCGUCGACCAGCGCAAGACCCUCGAGCAGACGACCGCAAACGAAGAGCUCAGAACGCAGGAGAUGCGCGAGGCGCGGCGCCGUCAAGACGAAGAACUUCAGAGGCAGCGCGAAGCGGCAGAGGCGGCCAAGAGGGCGCAGGAGGAGCAGAAAGCGAGAGAGCUUGCGGAAGUACAGCGACAGAGAGCGAUGCAGGAAGCUCAAGCACGAGCAGACCAGAAGCGAAUUCGCAGGGAGAUUGAGGAAGCACGCAAGCGGGAGGAGGAGAGGCUGAGGCAGGUGCAGCUCGCGCUUGAGCAGGAGGCCGCAGCACGCAAGGCCGAAGAAGAACGCCUGCGACAAGUAAGGGAGCAGCAGGAACGAGAGGCCCAAGCGGCAGAGGAAGCCAGACGAUGUCACCAUGAGGAGAUGGAGAGGAUAAGGCAGCGACGGCAGAGGCACGAUGACUGUAUAAUCUACUGA